CCAUCUGACACACACUCAGAAUCAGGAACUUUCAAAAAAAACAAAACACCACAGAACUUCAUAGGCCACACUAGGGCUGACAAAACUCCAGCAGCUUUCUUUUUACAGUAUUAAUUAAACAUCAGCUGCCUUAUACACAGUGCGCUUCUAUAUUCUUGUGCAGCUAGACAAGUUGCUCAACCUCGCUUUUUAUUGGGAAAGAUACUAUGUUUAUUUAAAACCAAGUUUGCUGAGAAAAGUCUGCAUUGAGUUGCGUGACAUGACUCCCUGAGCUUCGCAGAGACACUUGAAGAGCACCAAAUAUCUGAGAACGUAUUUCAAUCAGCAAGCCUAUAGGAUGGAAGGGUAUAUCUUACCACAUCAUGCAGAAGAAAUUAUUACAUACGAUCCUGAAAUUUACAGACAGCCUCACGAAUAUUAUCCCUAUCUGAGCAGCGACGGAGAAAACCAUGGAGAUCACUGUUGGGAUUACCACCCUCACCACAUCCACAGCAGUGACUUCGAAGCUUUCCAUGAGAAUAACUUCACUGAGUUACAGAGCGUUCAGCCCCUGCACCUGCAGCAGCUUCACCGUUACACUGAACUCGACCCCCUGCACUCUAUUGACCCAGCUCUGGGGGCCACACAUGUCGGAAUAUCCCCCCAGUUUGUUGCUGGCACCUGGAAACCUGAAUGGAAGUUGGUUUCACCAAAUAUACAGACUAUACCUGAAAAUAAAACUCACGGCAAGGUGCAGUAUUUUCAGCGAGUCUUUCCUUUCCAGUCUCCAGCGCAGCGCAGUUCGGAUGAUGAUGACUUGGAGAGACGGAGCCCUCCCUUCGAGGUGUCUGAUGGAGAGACAGACCCUGCGGGCAGUAUUCCUUUCGCAGCCACUGGAGAAGCAGGAAGUAAGAAGAAGAUCCGCUUGUUCCAAUUCCUGCUUGAUCUGCUGCGCAACGGGGACCUGAAGGAAAGCAUCUGGUGGGUGGACAAAGACAAGGGGACCUUCCAGUUCUCCUCCAAACACAAGGAAGUUUUGGCCCACCGCUGGGGGUUGCAGAAGGGCAACCGCAAGAAAAUGACCUACCAGAAGAUGGCCCGGGCACUCAGAAACUACGGCAAGACCGGCGAGGUGAAGAAAGUGAAGAAAAAGCUGACUUACCAGUUCAGUGGUGAGGUGCUGGGGAGAAGCAACGAUAGAAAGAUGUACUCGCACUGAUACAGCUCCAGAGCUGAGGGAAAACCCACAGAAAAGCCUUAAAGACUGCAGCCAAAAAAGUCUUGGUGCUUCCUUUCGCUUUCAUAGAGUACAUUGAAAUAUCGAACUUACAGGCACAUAAAAAGAGAACAAAACAGGUAGUCAAUUUGCUAACAGUUUACAUUAAGUGUCUCUAAUUACUGUGCAUUUACAUAGUCGUUACUUAAUAAAUACAUGUGUACUUGCACA